CGGAGCGGGUGGACGAACGGCGGGCGGGCGGCCGGGCUGCGAGCCGGCCCGGGACCGGCGGCGCGCGGCGGCCGAGGCCCAGCUCCAGGACGCGUGCCCCGAGCCCGGGAGGCAUGCUGAGGCCAGGCGGCUGGCAGGAUGAGUGUGAACGAGGCGGGCAGCUCCGGCUGCCGGGGGCAGGCAGCCUACCACCUGCACAUCUACCCGCAGCUGGCCACCAACGAGGGUCAGGCCUCAUGCCGUGUGACCGCCACCAAGGACAGCACCACAUCCGACGUGAUCCAGGAUGCCAUCACCAGCCUGCGGCUGGACGGCUCCAAGCGCUACGUGCUGGUGGAGGUCAAAGAGACGGGUGGGGAGGAGUGGGUGCUGGACGCCAACGACUCACCCGUGCACCGCGUGCUGCUGUGGCCACGGCGAGCACAGGACGAGCACCCUCAGGAGGACGGCUACUACUUCCUGCUGCAGGAGCGCAAUGCGGACGGGACCAUCAAGUAUGUGCACAUGCAGCUGGUGGCCCAGGCCACGGCCACCCGGCGCCUGGUGGAGCGUGGCCUCCUGCCACGGCAGCAGGCGGACUUUGACGACCUGUGCAACCUCCCCGAGCUGACGGAGGCGAACCUCCUGAAGAACCUCAAGCACCGCUUCCUGCAGCAGAAGAUCUACACGUACGCAGGGAGCAUCCUCGUGGCCGUCAACCCCUUCAAGUUCCUCCCCAUCUACAACCCCAAGUACGUGAAGAUGUACGAGAACCAGCAGCUGGGCAAGCUGGAGCCGCACGUGUUUGCGCUGGCCGACGUGGCCUACUACGCCAUGCUCCGCAAGCGUGUCAAUCAGUGCAUCGUGAUCUCUGGCGAGAGCGGGUCUGGGAAGACACAGAGCACCAACUUCCUGAUCCACUGCCUCACCGCGCUGAGCCAGAAGGGCUACGCCAGCGGCGUCGAGAGGACCAUCCUGGGCGCCGGCCCCGUGCUGGAGGCUUUCGGGAAUGCCAAGACAGCCCACAACAACAAUUCCAGCCGAUUCGGGAAAUUCAUCCAGGUCAACUACCUGGAGAGCGGCAUCGUGAGAGGAGCUGUUGUCGAAAAGUACCUGCUUGAAAAGUCUCGCUUGGUCUCCCAAGAGAAGGAUGAGAGGAACUACCACGUGUUUUAUUAUUUGUUACUUGGCGUCAGCGAGGAGGAGCGUCAAGAAUUUCAGCUCAAGCAGCCUGAAGAUUAUUUCUACCUCAACCAGCAUAACUUGAAGAUCGAAGACGGAGAAGACCUGAAGCACGACUUUGAAAGACUCAAGCAGGCCAUGGAGAUGGUGGGCUUCCUCCCCGCCACCAAGAAGCAGAUUUUUUCUGUCCUGUCAGCCAUCCUGUACCUGGGCAACGUCACUUACAAGAAGAGAGCCACGGGCCGAGACGAAGGUCUGGAGGUCGGGCCCCCCGAGGUGCUGGACACGCUGUCACAGCUCCUAAAGGUGAAGCGAGAAAUCUUGGUGGAAGUUCUGACCAAAAGAAAAACAGUGACCGCCAAUGACAAGCUCAUCCUGCCCUACAGUCUCAGCGAGGCUAUCACCGCCCGUGACUCCAUGGCCAAGUCGCUGUACAGUGCCCUGUUUGACUGGAUCGUGCUGCGGAUCAACCACGCCCUACUCAACAAGAAAGACAUGGAAGAGUCCGUCUCAUGCUUGUCCAUCGGGGUCCUCGACAUCUUUGGGUUUGAGGAUUUCGAGAGGAACAGUUUUGAACAAUUCUGCAUCAACUAUGCCAAUGAGCAGCUCCAGUAUUACUUCAACCAGCACAUUUUCAAACUAGAGCAGGAGGAAUACCAGAGCGAAGGGAUCUCGUGGCACAACAUCGACUACACAGACAACGUUGGCUGCAUCCAUCUGAUCAGCAAGAAGCCCACUGGCCUCUUCUAUCUGCUGGACGAAGAGAGCAACUUUCCCCACGCCACAAGCCAGACCCUGCUGGCCAAGUUCAAACAGCAGCACGAGGACAACAGGUACUUCCUGGGCACCCCCGUCAUGGAGCCGGCAUUCAUCAUCCAGCACUUCGCAGGGAAAGUGAAGUAUCAGAUCAAGGACUUCCGGGAGAAGAACAUGGACUACAUGCGACCAGACAUCGUGGCCCUCCUUCGGGGCAGCGACAGCUCCUACGUGCGAGAGCUUAUUGGCAUGGACCCCGUGGCCGUGUUCCGCUGGGCUGUGCUCCGGGCCGCCAUCCGGGCCAUGGCCGUGCUCCGGGAGGCCGGGCGCCUGCGGGCUGAGAGGGCCGAGAAGGCUGCAGGUACAGACAGCCCCAGUGCGCACGGUCACCUGGGAGAGCUGCAGAGAGGAGCCAGCACGCCGUCGGAAAAAGUGUACCGCUGUUCAAUGCUAGAUUUCUCAUUUGACGGCUCUGAGGAGUUCGAUAUUAACGCUUUUGAGGACAUCAUUGCUUUCUAUGAAAGCAAGAACGAUUUGCAUGACCAAAUCAUCAGGACCAUCAAAGGAUUGCCCUGGCAGGGUGAGGACCCCCGUAGGCUUCUCCAGUCCCUCAGUCGGCUCCAGAAACCCCGCACCUUCAUCCUGAAAAAUAAAGGUAUCAAACAAAAGCAGAUCAUCCCAAAGAAUCUGCUGGACUCCAAGUCCCUGAAGCUCAUCAUCAGCAUGACCCUGCACGACCGCACCACCAAGUCGCUGCUGCACCUGCACAAGAAGAAGAAGCCGCCCAGCAUCAGCGCCCAGUUCCAGACAUCCCUCAGCAAGCUCCUGGAGGCGCUGGGGAAGGCGGAGCCCUUCUUCAUCCGCUGCAUCCGCUCCAACGCCGAGAAGAAAGAGCUAUGUUUCGACGACGAGCUGGUGCUGCAGCAGCUGCGCUACACGGGCAUGCUGGAGACUGUACGGAUCCGGAGGUCUGGCUACAGCGCCAAGUACACGUUUCAGGAUUUCAUCGAGCAGUUCCAGGUGCUGCUGCCCAAGAACGCCCAGCCGUGCAGAGAGGUCAUCUCCGCCCUGCUGGAGAAGAUGGACGUAGACAAGAGGAGCUACCAGAUCGGGAAGACCAAGGUUUUCCUGAAGGAGACAGAGAGGCAGGCCCUGCAGGAGACGCUGCACCGUGAGGUCGUACGGAAGAUCCUGCUCCUGCAGAGCUGGUUCCGGAUGGUGCUGGAACGCCGGCACUUCCUGCAGAUGAGGCGGGCGGCCAUCACCAUUCAGGCCUACUGGCGGUCCUACCGUGUCCGGCGGGCGCUGGAGAGAACACAGGCGGCUGUGUGCCUCCAGGCCGCGUGGAGGGGCUACCAGCGGCGGAUGGCCUACCGGCGCCACAGACAGAGCAUCAUCCGCCUGCAGAGCCUCUGCCGGGGACACCUUCAGCGUAAGAGCUUCAGCCAGAUGGUUGCGGAGAAGCAGAAGGCAGAGGAGAGGGAGAGGGAAGCGCAGCGAGCCACAGGGGACGAGAUCUCCGAGGGCGAGCCAGGCCAGGUGGCCGGGCAGGAGCUGGGGGCCGAGCAGAGCCUGGAACUGACGGAGGACAAUGAGCAUUUGGCAAUGCAGCCCGAGGUGUGUCCAAGCGACCAGCCCCCGGCGCAGAGGUCCCACUCCGAGAAGGAGGUCCUGAGCCCAGAGAAGGCUCUCCUACCCCAGAAAAAUGCUGCUGAAAGUCAUGAGAAAGUGCCCAGCAGCCGGGAGAAGCGUGAGUCGCGGCGGCAGAGAGGGCUGGAGCACGUGAAGCUCCAGAACAGACACAUCCAGUCCUGUAGGGAAGAGAAUGCCCUCAGGGAACCUUCCGGAAGGGCUGUCUUGGAGCAAGAGGAGAGCGUCCCUGAAGACAAAAAGGAAAGCAGAGAAGAUGAAACGCCUUCAGACGCGGGGUUGGAGGUGGAGAACGCUUCUCCUCAAAAGCAGCCUGAAGAGCCACCGCAGGCCAUGCUAGCCAGCCAGGUCUCGAGGGAAGCCGUGGAGGCAUUCCAGAGUGGGAGCCCAAGGCCCAGCCACAUGGAACGGCCCACCAGCCUGGCCCUGGACAGCAGGGUCAGUGCACCAGCCCCCAGCACCACCCCUGAGACCCCCAAGGACAAAAGCAAGCCAGUGGGUGGCCUGAGGACGCAAGACAGGCCCGAGAGCCCGGGAGGCUCCACCCAGAUCCAGCGGUACCGGGACUCGGACUCCGAGCGGCUGGCCACUGCCGUGGAGCUGUGGCGGGGCAAGAAGCUGGUAGCCGCCAGUUCCAGCGCCAUGCUGAGCCAGUCCCUGGACCUCAGCGAGCGGCACCGGGCAGUCGGGGCCCCUCUCACGCCCACAGAGGAGAGGCGCAUUUCCUUAUCUGCUAGCGACGUCUCCAAGCUCCUCCCGUCCCCGUCCCCGUCCCCGUCCAAGACUCAGCCUUCUCCGGAAACGGUGGAUGGGGAGCCGAGCACAAAGAGGCCAGCCGUCCAGAAGAAGAAGUCGGGUGACACUUCCUCUGGCGCAGAUUUGGGGCUGUCCCCAGGCUCCCAGACCGACUCCAAAUCUACAUUUAAGAGACUUUUCCUGCCUAAGAACAAGGAUAAAAAAUAUAGCCUAGAGGGCGUGGAGGAGACAGAGAGCUCAGUAGCUGGGAACGUCGUGCUGGAAGCUGCCACCAUGAAGAAGAAUCUAGAAGCCCCCUCCAGCCACCAGCACCGCCACGCCACCGGCGAGAAGCCUGCCAAGGAGCCAGGAGGCAAAGGGAAGAAGAACAGAAACCUCAAGAUCGGCAAAAUCACAGUGUCAGAGAAGUGGCGGGAGUCGGUGUUCCGCAAAAUCACUAACGCCAACGAGCUCAAGUACCUGGAUGAGUUCCUGCUCAACAAGAUAAACGACCUCCGUUCCCAGAAGACUCCCAUCGAGAGCUUAUUCAUCGAGGCCACCGAGAAGUUCAGGAGCAACCUCAAAACCAUGUACUCCGUCCCCAACGGGAAGAUCCACGUUGGCUACAAGGACCUGAUGGAGAACUACCAGAUCGUCGUGAGCAACCUGGCGGCCGAGCGUGGGGAGAAGGACCCCAACCUGGUCCUCAACCUCUUCCAGUCGCUGCUUGACGAGUUCACGCGUGGGUACACCAAGAACGACUUCGAGCCACCCAAGCAGAGCAAAGCCCAGAAGAAGAAGCGGAAGCAGGAACGUGCUGUCCAGCAGCACAACGGGCACGUGUUCGCCAGCUACCAGGUGAGCAUCCCGCAGUCGUGCGAGCAGUGCCUCUCCUACAUCUGGCUCAUGGACAAGGCCCUGCUCUGUAGUGUGUGCAAGAUGACCUGCCACAAGAAGUGCGUGCACAAGAUCCAGACCUACUGCUCUUACACAUGCGGGAGGAAGAGCGAGCCAGGUGCCGAGCCGGGCCACUUCGGCGUGUGUGUGGACAGUCUGACCAGCGACAAGGCCUCAGUGCCCAUUGUGCUGGAGAAGCUUCUGGAACAUGUGGAGAUGCAUGGCCUGUACACCGAGGGCCUCUACCGCAAGUCUGGUGCUGCCAACCGCACACGGGAGCUCCGGCAGGCGCUACAGACAGACCCCACGGUGGUCAAGCUGGAGAACUUCCCCAUCCACGCCAUCACCGGGGUGCUCAAGCAGUGGCUGCGGGAGCUGCCUGAGCCCCUCAUGACCUUUGCCCAGUACGGCGACUUCCUCCGAGCCGUCGAGCUGCCGGAGAAGCAGGAGCAGCUGGCCGCCAUCUACGCCGUCCUGGAGCACCUGCCGGAAGCCAACCACAACUCCCUGGAGCGGCUCAUCUUCCACCUCGUCAAGGUGGCCCAGCUCGAGGACGUGAACCGCAUGUCGCCCAGCGCGCUAGCCAUCAUCUUCGCACCCUGCCUCCUGCGCUGCCCUGACAACUCGGACCCACUGACCAGCAUGAAGGACGUCCUCAAGAUCACCACGUGUGUAGAGAUGCUGAUCAAGGAGCAGUUGAGGAAGUACAAGGUGAAGAUGGAGGAGAUCAGCCAGCUGGAGACCGCAGAGAGCAUCGCCGUCCGGAGACUCUCGCUCCUGCGCCAGAACACUCCAUGGCCUCUCCAGCUGGGGUUUUCGUCUCCCUAUGAGGGGGUGCUGAACAAGAGCCCCAAGGCCCGGGGGAACAGCAGCGGCGGCCCAGAGGAGCUGGAGGUGCUGCCGGAGGAGGAGGCGGCCGGCGGCGACGAGGACCGCGAGAAGGAGAUCCUCAUGGAGCGGAUCCAGUCCAUCAAGGAGGAGAAGGAGGACAUCACCUACCGGCUGCCAGAGCUGGACCCGAGGGGCUCUGACGAGGAGAACCUGGACUCGGAGACGUCGGCCAGCACCGAGAGCCUGUUGGAAGAGCGGGCUGGGCGGGGGGCCUCGGAAGGGCCCCCUGCGCCUGCUCUCUCCUGCCCCAGUGCGCCCGCCCUGAACCCCCUCCCCGCAGUGGCCGCCCCUCCACGACGAAGGCCAUCGUCCUUCGCGACAGUCAGAGGGAAGACCCCCCGGCGGACCCCCAUCAUGCCCACGGCCAACAUCAAGCUCCCACCCGGCCUGCCCUUCCACCUCUCCUUCCACCUCCCCGGCCGGGCACCGGGUGCCCCAGAGGCUACUGCCCCCGUCAGGCGCCGAGAGCCGCCGGCCCGCCGCCCAGACCAGGUACACUCCGUGUACAUCACGCCCGAUGCCCACCUGCCCGUGCGGGGCAUUCAGGAGCCCCUGGACGAGGACAGCCAGCCACCUGGGGCCAAGCGGAGGUACUCGGACCCCCCAACCUACUGCCUGCCCCCCGCCUCGGGCCAGGCCAAUGGCUGAGGGCCCACCGGUGCCAGAGUCUGCACGUCUGAGGACAGCCCAGAGCCAGCAUUUGGCUCUCCAAGAAGGAUCCGGAAUGAAAAGCCCCAAAAGCGAUGUGGGGUGGGCACCGGCUCCUAGAGCAGAGUCCAAGUGGGGAGAGGCCAGCUGAGGCCAGGCCGCCCUCGCGGAGCCCCCACGCCGCGCGCAUGUGCCCGCCCACAGCACCCAAUCGGCCAGCGGCCCGUCUCCCACCUCCCAUUUUGUACUUUUUUUACAGUAACUGUUUCUUUGUGCGUGGUUUACAUAACUUUAAACUGUAACAGCCUUAACGGAAGACCAAAUUGUUUUUUAUUUGUGUGUGUACCAACUUUUAUAUUAACGCCCUGCAUCUCCUUCAUAACCUGUACCUGAGUCUUCGGAGACCGCCCACACAGCUGCCCACCUCGGAGGCUCAGCCCCGCCCGCGCCGAGAGAGACCCUGCACCAGGGGUUUGGACACUUGGGCCACCUGACUGCCUCAGUCUCUCUUGGACUCAUGCUCUGGCCUGGCUGGUGGCUACCUGGCCACGGUGCAUUUGAGGGAGCACGGCAGCCAUCCGUGGGGAUCGAGGCUGUCGGCUGAGCCAGGACACCAAGUGGGAGCAGCCUCCACCCGGGGCACCAGAGACCUCACGUCCCAGGGAGACUCCAGUGUGGCUGUCAUUCCUCUGUCCACCACGCCCUGGACUCCGGAGGCUGUAGGAGGCCGCCCUUGGCACUGCCCUGAUGAGGCAGAACAGGAGCCAGCGACUCAGGAGGACCCCGCUCACCAGCAGGGACGGCAAGGCCUGGGUUGUCCCGCUACAGAUCAACAGUCGCAGCCUGGGGAUCACCAGUGGGGCUCCCCUCAGGUUCAGCCCACUCUCCAGGCCCCUGGACACGUGACCACAGGCCUGGAACAAGAGGCGCCUCCCAGCCGUGUGAAAUAAAGACAAAGUGCUGAGA